AUGGGGAACGUUUCAGCAAAGGAAUCAAGAAGUAGAUCUAGUACUUUUUCUUCAUCAAAUGGUAUCCCUCCACCUUCUGGAGAUAUUACUGGAUUUAUAACACGAUCUUCAAUACCUAGAAGAUAUACAACUUCAACUAUUGGAGGUGGAAAUUCACUUGGAAGUUCUGGAUCAGGAGGUUUAUUAACUGGUCAUUCAAAUUCUUUACUAGAUUUUAAAAAAUCAAAACGUCAAGAAGAAAAGGAUCGUAUACAAGAAGCUCAUUAUCAAAAUUUAAUUGUUCGAUAUAAUGAAAAUGUUGAUGGUGGUUAUUUAGCCCCAUAUGGAACUUAUAAAUCAAAUUUAGAUUAUAAUACUGAAGUAGUUCGAAAUUUCAUACUUAAUCGUCAAUUAUCUCCAUUUUAUACUCCAUUACAAGAUUUUGAUGAAUCAUGGACUCAAAAUGAAUUAUUAAUAAUAUUAAAUCAAUUACCAUUACAUGCAAUCGAUGUAGCUUAUAGUGAUUUAGAUGAGGAUGCUGAAGAUGAUAUUGAUAAUCAUAAAAUUCAUAAAUCUUCAAAUUAUUAUAAACGUCAAGAACAAAAGCAAAAGUUAAAAAAUUUGUUAUUAAAGAUAAAGAAUUUACAAAAGGAAGAAGAUUUAAGAUAUUUAACAGAUAAACAGAAUAAUUCCACCAAUGAAGAUUCAAAAAAUCCUCAUUUAUCUUCAAAUGAUCUACUUUUACAAUUAUAUGGUAAGCCAUUAGAAUGUCCUAUUUGUUUUCUCUAUUACCCUGCAAAUUUGAAUAUUUCUAGAUGUUGCUUACAACCUAUCUGUACUGAAUGUUUUGUUCAAAUUAAACGUUUGGAUCCUCAUCCUCCUCAUGAUGAAAGUAGUAAUACUACUAAUGAUAAUGAAGGAGAAGAAAAAGAAAAAGUCGUACUUCAUACAUUAAUCUCUGAGGCAGCAAGUUGUCCCUAUUGUGCAUCUCCAGAUUUCGGUGUCACAUAUGAUCCUCCUUUUAAUAUUUUUACUGGGAUGGGUAGUAAAACCAAGGCAGGCGAUUAUAUUCGUUUAAAGUCUAAAGAUGAUAGUGAUUAUGAAAGUGAUGAUGAUGAUAAUGAUAAUGAAGCUAGGAAUACAAUUUCUAGUCCUUCCACUCCAUCUUCAACUACAUCAUCGGCUGCUCGUCGGAGAUCUUCACUUGCUGCUAAUGCACCAGGAGUUAUUACGAUUGAUAUGAUAAGGCCAGAUUGGGAACAAAGGUUAUCUUCAGCUCGUAGUAAAUUGGAAAGGAAAGCUGCUACAGCAACUGCCAUUCAUGCUUCUAAUUUAUUAUUGAAUGGAGAUGAAGAUAAUAAUGGAAAUAGAAGACGCAGACAGACUGAAUCAAGUGUAAGCGGGAGUAGCACUAAUGGAAGCAGAAGAAGAGGUAAUAGUGCUAACUCACAUCUCAUUCAUUUACAAACUGUAGAGGAUAGAAUGUUAGAAGAAGCAUUAAGGUUAUCAAUAAUAGAUGAAGAAGAACGGAAACGAAAAGUUGAAGCUGAAGAAAAGAAGAAAAAGCCUUUGCAGCAUCUGCAGCAACAAGAACCACAAGUAACUAGUUGAA